AUGGCAAGGAUUGGGGAUAUUAUUCAUUUAAAUGUCGGCGGAAAGAGGUUCAGCACUUCAAAACAGACUUUGACAUGGGUCCCAGAUUCUUUUUUCUCAAGUCUCUUGAGUGGUCGGAUAUCGACGCUGAAAGAUGAAACGGGGGCGAUUUUCAUUGAUCGAGAUCCAUCCCUCUUUGCCCCCAUUUUGAACUUCUUGCGUACUAAAGAAUUGCACCCCAGAUCCAUAGAUGUGUACUUAUUAAUGCAUGAGGCAGAGUUCUAUGGAAUUACACCAUUAGUACGUAAACUACAGCUGUGUGAUGAACUGGACCGUUCAUCCUGUGGAACUGUUCUCUUCAAUGGCUACCUGCCUCCACCAGUGUAUCCAGUGAAGCGGAGGAACAGACACAGCGUGGCUGGCUCUCAGUUCAUGGGUGGGCGUGCUGGUGCGAUGGAGAGGGCUCCGGUCAGACGCAGUAACACCAUGCCGCCCAACCUGGGCAAUGCUGGCAUACUGGGUAGAUCUGCUGUGGAUGAGAGAGCCCCUGGUCAGUCAUUAGAUCCUGGCAUGGUCCGUAUCAUCUGUGGUCACCACAACUGGAUCGCUGUGGCCUAUACCCAGUUUGUGGUCUGCUACAGGGUGAAGGAGUCGACAGGCUGGCAGCAGGUUUUCACCAGUCCCCGCCUUGAUUGGGUGAUUGACAGGGUGGCUCUGAAUGCCAAAGUGAUGGGAGGCUCGCUAGGAGACAAUGACAAGAUGGUUGCUGUGGCGUCUGGCACCGAGAUCAUUCUGUGGGCAAUUUGCCCUGAUGGCAAUGGCAAUGAAAUCGGUGUGUUCAGUCUUAAUGUGCCAGUCGAAGCGCUCUUCUUUGUGGGGAACCAGCUGAUUGCCACCAGUCACACUGGUAAAGUUGGUGUGUGGAAUGCUGUGACCAAACACUGGCAGAAUCAAGAUGUAGUUCCCAUCAACAGCUACGACACAGCAGGCUCCUUCCUUAUUCUUGGCUGCAAUAAUGGUUCCAUAUAUUACAUAGAUGUGCAGAAAUUUCCUUUGAGGAUGAAGGACAAUGACCUGCUAGUGACAGAGCUGUAUCGUGACCCGAGUGAAGAUGCCAUCACUGCUCUUAGUGUCUACCUCACUCCUAAAACCAGUGACAGUGGGAACUGGAUAGAGAUAGCCUACGGCACCAGUUCAGGCACAGUGCGUGUGAUCGUACAGCAUCCAGAGACAGUGGGCUCUGGGCCUCAGCUCUUCCAGACUUUCUCUGUCCACCGCAGCCCCGUCACCAAGAUCAUGCUGUCUGAGAAACACCUCAUCUCAGUGUGUGCAGAUAACAACCAUGUGCGUACGUGGACAGUGACGCGCUUCAGAGGCAUGAUCUCCACCCAGCCUGGCUCCACCCCCCUCACCUCCUUUAAGAUCCUCUCAUUGGAUGACAUUGAUGGCCAUGGGGGCUGUGCUGCCGGGACUGAGAUAGGUCCGUAUGGAGAGAGAGAUGACCAGCAGGUCUUCAUCCAGCGAGUGGUUCCUGACACUGAUAAACUCUAUGUCAGACUCUCCUCCAAUGGAAAGAGGGUGUGUGAGGUGCGGUCAGUGGAUGGUACCUCCAUCACAGCCUUCAUGGUGCACGAGUGUGAGGGGUCCAGCCGCAUCGGCUCUCGUCCCCGACGCUACCUCUUCAGUGGCCAUAGCAACGGAAGCAUCCAGAUGUGGGACCUAACCACGGCAAUGGAGAUUGCCGGAAAAGUAGACAUCAAAGCGCUGGGAGGGCCCACUGAAGAGGAGUUACUGGAGCUGUUGGAUCAGUGUGACCUGGCUUUGACAAGGACACCGGACAUGAGUCCAGCUGCCUCACUGACACACACCUCCACCCCUCGCAACUCCACCUGCAGUCUGCAGUCUCAGCACAGCGAGAGUGGGAGGGAUCGUGCUGGGAUGAGGGGAAUGGUACCUCUGUCGGGCAGUCUGCCACGUCAGCCCCCUCUGGUCCCCUUCAACAAACCGCGAGAAUUACCCUCUCAUCUGGGCCUGAGCCAAAGCUCUCUGGCCAGCAGUAACGGCAGUGCCAGUCCACACCCGGUCAGAACCCCUCUAGACAGGGACGCCCUGGGCCCCCUUAGGCGGGGAAGCUUUGUGGAGCGCUGCCAGGAGAGAGCCAAGAACCCUGACGUGGCGUGUCCGGAAGGCGGGAGGCGGAGCUUGGCCGUCUGCGGCGAGCUGGAGGCGCGACUGGGCUUGAGGACACCCCCUUCCUUUUCUGCUUCAGCAGCCUCUUCACCAUCAUUGUCUUCGUCGCUGCGUCGUCCCUCGGCCGCAGCAGCCAGUACCACUCCUCCGGUGGUCAGUCCGACGCACUCCCAGCCACCUGUCUCCCCACGCCGACCCUCUGCUUCUCCGAACCAAGCCACGCCCCCUGACGCUGCCUCUGCCCCCGAGAGCCCAGCAUCUCCGCCCCCCACAAGCCCAAAACCACACAUGAACGAGACCAGUUUCUGACUGACUCGUGAAAACCUUUCAUUUCAGCUUCCGAUUGGCUUCUCAACAUCAGUGACAUG